AUGUUCUACACGUCCCGAGAGUCGACUUCCAGUGACGAUGGUAAUGUCCUCGCCUUGCUGUACCGAGAUUCGCCCCACUGUUCUGCGUAUUCUGAAGCGUCCAGCCCGAAUUCUGUCCUUGAAGAGGUCUUUCUAUUCAGAGAUUGAAAAGAAUAUCAAUUUCCAGGCACAAGUCGACGAAAAAAUGAAGGAUCCGAAGAAAAUGUGCCCCACGACGUGUCUCGUCUGCGGUCUGGCUGCAACUGGCUACCAUUAUGAUGUGUGUAGAAAGCUUUUUUCUUAUUUUUUGCGUCCAGUCCGUUUUUGUUUUCGAGCUGAGGGACAGUUAAAACGUUUCAUUGCCUUCAUUUAUCAGGAAUAUUCUUUGAUAGGGUAAAAAAGAAGAAAAUAUGCUUUUGAAAACGUUCAAUUUUUCGAUUUUCUUUCUUUUUUUUCCGACUUCUCAAGGUUAUAUUUUAGAAAGUACUUCAAAUUUUGAAAGAGUUCGACGCAAAAUCAACUUAGAAGUCUGACAAAAAAGUUUCGCCAUCAGCAGGGGCUGAACUCGCGUCACAAAAUUGACAGUCCAUAACACUCCAACUGCGCCAAGCAAGCCUCUGGCACUUUAGCUGACGUUAUUAUAUGCUUAUUGGCUAAAAAAUCAAUGAUUUUUGACGAAACAUCGGAAUUUAAGAGCUUCAUAGUCACACUAGUGCUCGCAUUUUAAUAAAAAUUUACUAAAUGUCUAGGAGAAAUUUUUAAACAGGACUUUAUGAGGGAAUUCUUUCUCAUCUUUUUCUUUUUUUCAAAUAAACAUUUUCUUUUUAAAAAGUUAAUUUUCAAAUUCUUCAGGCAGCGACGUGCAACGGCUGCAAAGCAUUCUUCCGGAGAGCCGUUCUCUCCGGCAAGAAAAUGGAAUGCCGUGGGACCUGUUCAAGUUUCAAAGUUGUCCUCGGAAACUAUUUAAAAUUGUAUUUUCAGACCAAAAAAAGCGUUGUCGGGCUUGCCGAUUUGAGAAGUGCCUGGCCGUCGGGAUGAACUCUCAAAGUUUGCAUUUAGACGAAGUUUUUCAAAAUGGUUUAGGAUGGCUCGGAGCAUCAGAAAUUCAACUUUGAGCUGCGUCUGACUUUUAGCGACGUGUCACUUUUUUCAUAAUUUUCUUUGAAGAGAUUUUUUUUUCUGAUAUUUCUCAUCUAUUCGGUUUUCUAUGACUUUUUAAGUAGUUCCAAAUUCGCGCCCGACUUCUAGCGACUUUCCUUCAUGCUAAGAGAAGGUGUUGGGCGUAAGCAGCUCGUUGUCGAGCGCGUUGAAGCAGAAAAUUCUGUGAGGCCUGUUCAAAGUAUCCGCGACGCUUCGAGCCAUUCCAAAUGCGACCGCUCUGUUUCGAGCAUGAGCAUCUUUUCCAUGACAUCAUUUUCCGUUCAUCUUCAGUUCUUCAAAGCAAGGACGACUACCGACAAUUCAUAGACCUUCAGGUCGAUGAUGAGCCGAAGGUUUUUCGAAAUACCUUCUAGAAACCUUCUUUUGAAUUGCAGUCAAAAAUCAACGAAGAAGCUCGGAAAACGAUCGAAUCCCUACUGCGGUUAGAGAAAAGCGUCGAAGUUUUCCGUCUCACUCACAAAAGAACCAGUGAAAUUCCAACUCUAGACUCGAUCCUUCAAGCAAAAUGCAGCAUGAGUCAAGUUUGCAAAGUGGAGGUUUCUUUUUGGAUAUAAAAAAUUUAAAAUGAAAUAAAUUAGGAUGCGACAGAAGGAGAGGAUGAGUUGAGCCUGCCUUCUACUUCAAAAUCGCCAGAAAUCGAACUGGAAAGUUGGAAUAGGUUGGUUUUGAAGAGGAGAAAGAAGAUGAAGAGUUGAGCCAUUCCAAAUGCGACCAGGUUUAAUCAAGCCCUUAAAUGAUUUUAAAAGUGUCUUGUAAUAUGACUGAACCCCUUGAUUACUUGAUAAUGAUCCUUUAAACGUCCUGGCACGAAUUUUAAGAGACUACUGUAAGGGCCAAUCAAUAAACCAAGACUUGCUGCUGCAAGAUUAUUUCACGAACGCAAACCUGUUCCUGAACACUUUUUUUUUCGAAAACACCAUCUACCGUAAUCCUUCCAGAGACCGCCCAUUGGAAUGCAGCCUCUGGGGUACGGUAGAAUACGCCAAAUCGUUUCAAUUCUUCGCGUCGAUUGAAUCAAGAGACAAGGUUUUGGGAGGGUUACGAUAAUAAAAUUGGAAGGUUCAGGUAAUCCUUCUGAAAUCGGCGGGAUUGAAGUGCCACCUGCUGUCGGAUGCUUUUGAGAAGGUUUCCCUUGGGUGAGAAUUUUUUUAUUUUUAUUUUUAAAAAGUGUGUAGAUAUUUGGAAUUCAAUUCUUUGAUUUUUUUCCAUCGCUUUUUUUAUCUGGGAAUCUGGAUUUUGAGUUGAAAAAAAUUCAAUUUGUAGUUCAUCUUCACACGAAAUCGGCAAAAAUUUGAGCAAGUUCGUAGCAAAAAGACUUUUUCAGCCUCCCCCUUGUACUUGGGAACGCUAGAAUGGCCUUUAUAAGGGUUAAAACAGCCCCAGUAAGACAAAAAGGUACCCCUAGAAGGGGGAAGUUGAGGUGGCCCCUAUAGAGGUUUAGGAUCUGGGCCUUAGAGCUUGAGUGACCCCUAUAGGGUUUUGCAAUUUUUGUUCAGAUUUAGAAAUUAGAAAAAGGAUCAAUUCAUCUUCUUCUGAUAUUUUCAUCCGAGUUGAGUUUUUCCCAUGGAAAUGCCCUUUCUCAAAAAUUUUAUAACAGUAAUUGUCUGUUCUGACCCCUAUAGAGGUCCCUUUUGGCCCCUAUAGAGGCCACUCAAAAUUACUUUUGUGAUUUUCAGUGACCCCUAUGAGAACUGGUGAAGUGGUCCCUUGAGGUGAACCUUAAAGAGACCGUAAGAUUGCCCCUAUAGUGACCCCUCUGGAGUUUUUAAGUAGUCUAAAUAAAAACUUAAUAGCUUUGGAGCUUGUCGACUUUUCUUUUCAAACUAGUCAUGAAAAAAAAAAGUUUUUCAGGAAGACAGCCGAUGGUAAUGGAAUAGACGAAACUUUGAGAAGAUUGGACAUCACCAAAGGUCAAUGUGUACUCUUGAAAGCGAUCACGCUUUGUAAUCCAGGUGAGGAUUUUUUUUUCGAACUAACUUUUCGGUUCAUUUUGAUAGAAAGGUCAUGAGUUUCAACCAGAAAAAUAAUAUAAAAAAUACGUCUACAGACAGUUUCAAACACAGUAAAGUUGGGAUCAAAAAAAAUUAAAGUCACUUGUUUUUUACGGUGUUGAUCUGAUCGUGUUUGUUCUGAUCUGAAUCAAAUCAAUCACUUUCGACCAACUCGCGACGUUCGCCAAAUAAAAAUCGUCAUUUGACGUGCACUAUCGUCUUGCCUUUCACUUAAAACGAAGAUGGACUGCAAAAUAAAGCGCGUUUGAGGGGUCCAAAGUUCGAUUCUGGCUGGAAGUGGGUGGUCAAGACGCUUUCAAAGCCGAUAAGAGGCUUUUGGUCAGUAGGGAUAGAAUUUGGGAUGAAGUGUAUAAUUUUUUAACUUCUAGUAGAGUUCCUGACGUUCCAUGUGCAAUAGGGAUCUUUAAAAAAUUAUUCGUGUUUCUAGGUCUUGGUUCUUUUUUUCUUCAAAUUCAUUUUACUCGGUCUCGGACUUUGGUAACGCGAACGGGACGCGAAUCGGACGUGUCGGGGCAUUUCUAGUGACUACUUUAGUAGCCUCAGCGCUCUUAAGAGAUCCCUAGAAUUACCCAGAAACGUCCGCAGCACGUCCGUUUUGCGUUACCAAUGUCCGAGGUUGUGUUGAUUCCAUAGCUGUCCUUAGGAAUUUUUGAAUGGUCCUUGUAGGAAUCAAAGGGAAAACAGCCCCUAUAGGGGGCCGAGAAAAGGAUCCCUAUGGGGAUAAAAUCAAGGAAUGAAAAAUCAAAAAAUCCACUAGCAUGUCCCCUAGAGAGGCCACUAAUUGAAACCUCUGUAAGGAGCUCUUUUGAAAGCUUUAGUGGCCACUAUACGGGUUACUAAAGUGGUCCCUAGAGGUUUCCCCUAACCUUUCCCUCUGAAGUGGUCCCUACAGAUUGCCCCUAUAGGGACUACUCUGGAGUUUUUAAGGCCGUGUCUAGCGAUUUUGAUAAGACUUUAAUAUUUUUACGCCUUGAAUUUCUGAAAAUUAUUUGGAAUUGUCCAAAGUUUUCAAGCCCUAAACUCUACAUAUACGGACGUUGGAAAGAGGAAGUCUCACGGGAAAAAUCGAAACUUCUCUAAAAUUUACAGAUUUUGCUUCGAAAACUCGCAUUUAAAAAAAGCUCCGAACAUUUUGCAGCCGUCGACGGUCUGAGCCAAGUAGCUCAGAACCUUCUGACGACAAGCCGAGAAAAGUACGCUUCGGCCCUUUUCGCCGAGUGUCAGUCGAGCCGGGGCACGGUCCGUGGCGCCACCCACUUCUGCGAACUGCUCGCCGUCGUCGGCACCUUGGAGCAACUCCAGAAAAAGCAACGUGACCUCUACGUAAUGAACUCCUUGCAAAGGCCCGCCAGCCCGACUCGUUCUCUUAUUGACGAACUCCUUUCGUAG